AUGGCGCUGCUGACCAACUCCUCGACCACCGGUCCCACGGCCAGCGGGCCGACCGCCCCGCAGGCCCACCACUCCACGACGCCCCUACACCACUACUUCCACUACUUGAAGCAACCGUCGCCGUUGGCGCAGAACCCGUAUGCUCAUCAUUCGAGCGCUCACCACAUGGGCAUGGGGCCCGGGCCGCUUGGUGGCUUGGGGCCGUUCGGGCUGACCCCGCACGGAUUGGAAGCCGUAGGAUUUCCUCAAGGAGUGAACCCCAGGAAACAGCGCAGAGAAAGGACUACCUUCACGAGAGCUCAGCUGGACGUACUCGAAGCAUUGUUCGGGAAGACGCGAUACCCUGACAUCUUCAUGAGGGAGGAGGUCGCGCUGAAGAUAAACCUUCCAGAAUCUAGAGUGCAGGUCUGGUUCAAAAACCGGAGAGCGAAAUGCAGACAACAGUUACAACAGCAAACGAACUCUCAGAUAACGAGUAAGUCGUCGUCCAGUGCGAAAACCAGCGUAUCGUCGAGCAACGCCAUCAAAGGAAACUCGGCGUCCGCCUCAAAAGCGACCACCUCCAAAACCAUGACGAGCUCCUCCACGAGUUUGACGACGAGCCAAAACUCCUCGAUCACGACUUCCUCCCCGAAUCUACCGAUAACGCCCACGACUUCAGUGAGUCCCCCGAUUAACGUGAUCUGUAAGAAGGAAGCGGCCGGAUCUAGUUACGAGACUUCCCCAUUGACCAAGAACAGCUUGACCUCGUUGUCUCACUACGACUCGAGGGUGAGCGGGAAGGAGAGCUCAGACAUCCACGGCUACGGAGUGACGCCCAAACAAGAGCUGUACAGUAGCCCGAAAAGGCUAGAGUACUCCAGCAAAUUGGAUUACACCGAAAAAUCCUUCGGCAGUAACCUUGUUAAGGACCAAUACAGCUCCCGUUUAACCGGUAACCUGACGCCGCUGGGCUCCAACUCUUCGAUCAUGACGACCCCGUCACCCCCUAUCACCCCCCAGAGCAUUAAUGGCCCGGGGAACGUUUACCACCCGGAUAACUACAACAGCUUCCACUGGCCCGGCAGCUCGGACUACAUUAGGAGCUACUCAACUUCACAUCAUCACCAAGGAUACGGGCAGAGUGCUUACAAUUCGCCUUAUUAUCCAAGUCAGAUGGAAUACUUCAAUGGUACGUCCGUGAACCAGACCCACGGAGGACACCACGGCCACAACUUAAGCACCAAUAGCAACCAGCUGUACAACCAAGUGUCCUUCGGGAACCCCUCGCCUCCGACCGGCUGGUCGUCCCACAACAUUCUAGCUUCAGGUCCCGAGUCCCCGGAGAACCAGCAGAAUCCUCAUCUGAGCAUGCUCCAAGCAACGCAGAUAACAAACUUCUCCAACACGGGAAACAGCUACUUCGCGCCCGAGAAAUACGGAAUAAAUAUGGUCUAA